AUGUCUGAACCUGCCGGUGAUAUUGGUUUGAUUGGUUUGGCCGUUAUGGGUCAAAACUUGAUCUUGAACGCUGCUGACCACGGUUUCACUGUUGUUGCUUAUAACAGAACAGUUUCUAAGGUUGAUCAUUUCUUAGCAAACGAGGCAAAGGGUAAAUCUAUCAUUGGUGCUCAUUCUGUGGAAGAAUUGUGCCGUAACUUGAAGAGACCAAGAAGAAUCAUUCUUUUGGUCAAGGCUGGUGAUGCUGUGGAUGCUUUCAUUCAACAAUUGUUGCCAUUUUUGGAAAAGGGAGACAUUAUCAUCGAUGGUGGUAACUCUCAUUUCCCAGAUUCUAACAGACGUUACGAUGAAUUGAAGGAAAAGGGAAUCUACUUUGUUGGUUCUGGUGUUUCUGGUGGUGAAGAAGGUGCUCGUUACGGUCCUUCUUUGAUGCCAGGUGGUGCCGAAGAAGCUUGGCCUCACAUUAAGGACAUCUUCCAAUCUAUUUCUGCCAAGUCUGACGGCGAACCAUGUUGUGACUGGGUUGGUCCAGCUGGGUCUGGUCAUUACGUGAAGAUGGUCCACAACGGUAUCGAAUACGGUGACAUGCAAUUGAUCACUGAAGCUUACGAUAUCAUGAAGAGAAUUGGUGGAUUCACCGAUAAGGAAAUCGGUGAAGUUUUCUCCCAAUGGAACAAGGGUGUCUUGGAUUCCUUCUUGGUUGAAAUUACAAGAGACAUUUUGCUGUACGACGAUGUCGAUGGUACUCCUCUAGUGGAAAAGAUCUUGGAUUCAGCUGGUCAAAAGGGUACUGGUAAAUGGACUGCCAUUAACGCUUUGGAUCUAGGUAUGCCAGUUACUUUGAUUGGUGAAGCCGUGUUCGCUCGUUGUUUGUCCUCUUUGAAGGACGAAAGAGUUAGAGCCUCCAAGUUGCUUCCAGGCCCUCAAAUUCCAAAGGAUGCCGUUAAGGAAAGACAACAAUUCGUUGACGACUUGGAACAAGCUCUUUACGCUUCCAAGAUCAUCUCUUACGCUCAAGGUUUCAUGUUGAUCCGUGAAGCUGGUAAGACUUACGGCUGGAAGUUGAACAACCCUGCCAUCGCUUUGAUGUGGAGAGGUGGUUGUAUCAUCAGAUCCGUUUUCUUGGGUGAAAUUACAAAGGCUUAUAGAGAAAACCCAGAAUUGGAAAACUUAUUAUUCAACAAAUUCUUCGCUGAUGCCGUCGAAAAGGCUCAAAGCGGUUGGAGAAAGACUAUUGGUUUGGCUGUUUCUUACGGUAUCCCAACCCCAGCUUUCUCCACUGCUCUAUCGUUCUACGAUGGUUACAGAUCUGAAAGAUUGCCAGCUAACUUGCUACAAGCUCAACGUGAUUACUUCGGUGCUCACACUUUCAGAGUCUUGCCAGAAGCUGCUUCCGAAAACUUGCCAGCUGACCAAAACAUCCACAUUAACUGGACCGGUAAAGGUGGUAACGUUUCAGCUUCCAGUUACCAAGCUUAA